GGUAGCAGAUUAUUGUGUUGUGUUAUGGAAAGUGUAAGUUUCUGCCACUGCAUCCUCAGAAGUCAUGCUCUGCCACUAAUAUUAACUUCAAUACUGUUUACUCCUCUUAGGACUGCCAACAUUGCUUUAUACUUGUCUUUAUAAGUUUCUAUUACUUUUUUGGGGUUUAUUAGUUUGCAUGCUUCUAUUACACUUCGUGCCAUAUCCACUGGAGCUUGUUGCACAGAAUCCUGCUUUCUUUGUGUCUUUUCAUUGCUCCUUGAUAUUUGAUUUCCUCUCUUAUGUGGUGAAACAUAAUGUCACUAAGAUAUAUGCCUAUGCUAGUUGCUCAUACUAUUGUUUUGUGCUUGGACCAGUUUAUGCAAAUGGAAGUAUUUGUCUGGAUAUUCUACAAAAUCAGUGGAGUCCAAUAUAUGAUAUAGCUGCUAUACUGACAUCUAUCCAGUCAUUGCUCUGUGAUCCAAACCCAAACCCAAGCCCAAAUGCAGGUUUUCCCUUUUUCUCAUUUCAGUCAAUGCUCUGUGAUCCAAAUGCAAACUCACCUGCAAAUUCAGAAGCAGCAUUGUUGUUUAGUGAGAACAAGCGUGAAUACAACCGGAGGGUGCGUGAAAUUGUUGAGCAGAGCUGGACAGAAGACUAAAUCUCUCUUCCUCGUUGUAGGUGGCUGGUCUGAUUUUCUCUGGUGUUUGUGUAUCAUUGCUGUAUUAAUUACAAAUGUAAUAGAAAGUAUUAUGUUUACAGGUUGUAAUUUAAAUUAUUGACAUUGGUUAUUCAUGUAU